AUGAAAUUUUUUUACCUUUCACUUGUUUAUUCUUUUCUUUUAAUAGUAUUGUAUUGUUUCUACGGAUCAUGUGCACCUACUGAAACAAUACAACAAGUUAGAAGAAACAAAAGAUUUCUUCAAAUACCACAUGAUCCUAAUGAAUCAACAGGUGAAGCAGUUGAGAAAUUUUUAGAGUAUUGGUGGGGUUAUGAACAUACUGCAGUAAAAGUAACAACAAGAGCAACUCCUACAACAGCAGCUCCUACAACAGCAGCUCCUACAACAGCAACUCCCACAACAGAAGCUGAUGGAAUCUUUUAA